UCUUGCAAGAAGGUGGAACCAUUUCACAAACUUGUGACAACGCAAUGGAUCUCAGAGCCAUAAUGUUUCUUCUUUUGCUACAUUUCGUCGCGCUCUGUCAUGCGCAACCGGUUUGGGACCAGGACGUCGACAGCGAGAUCUCGGGGGAUUCGGCGGAUGACAGCAUCUCAGAAACAAUCCUGAGACUGAACAACGGAUCUACUGAAUACCUUAUGGAGGGGGAUGUACUGAUUCCGAAAACGAGGACCGCCAUGAAGUGCACCGGCAAUCCAUACAGCUGCCUGUGGCCCAAGUCUCCCAACGGCAAAGUCUAUAUCCCCUUCAACAUCAUAGACAAAUACAGUUUUUCGGAGAAGAACACCAUUAUAGGUGCCCUGAGGGCUAUGGAGGCCAGAACCUGCAUCCGCUUCAUCCCGCGAACAACCCAGAGGGCUUACAUAAGCUUUGAGCCCAAAUUUGGCUGUUUUUCACAGCUGGGCCGCAUCGGAGGCAAGCAGCUGGUGUCGCUGCAACGUUUCGGCUGCGUCCAGCACGGCAUCAUCCAGCACGAGGUGCUGCACGCCAUGGGCUUCUACCACGAGCACACACGCAGCGACCGCGACCGCUACAUCCGCAUCAACUGGGGCAACAUCCACAAGUAUGAAAAGCACAACUUUGAAAAGCAGGACACUAAUAAUCUCCAAAUCCCCUACGACUACAACUCCAUAAUGCACUACGGAAGAACCGCCUUUGGAGUGCGACAGGCCGUAACCAUCGUACCCAUCCCCGACAGCUCAGUGGAAAUCGGCCAGCGGGAAAAGCUCUCCGACCUGGACGUCCUGCGGAUCAACCGCCUCUACAGGUGCUCCAAUUAAAAAAAAAGCGUGCAGUUUGUCAUGUGCAACCUUCAAUAAAAUAACCAUUCAAAU